AUGGAGAAAAAGGCCAACAUCGGGGGAAGCGUAUCCUCAAUGAGGGAUACCGAGGCCAUGACCGUGGGGGCACGAGACCCCGUGGCGGAGAAGAGCUACGUUCGCAAGAUGGAUCUCUAUCUUCUCCCCGCCCUGAGCAUCAUGUACUUUUUCAACUCUGUCGACCGCAGCAACCUUGGAAAUGCAGAGACGGGCGGUAUGAGCAAGGAUCUCAACUUUGUCGGGGAACAGUACUCCCUGCUCAUCGUACUCUUCUACAUCCCCAACGGCCUGUGCGAUCUGCCGCUCAAUAUGCUCACAAAGAAGUUUUCUGGGAAGACCAUGCUUCCCGCCUUGAUGGUGGGAUGGGGAGCAAUGGCGACCAUCCAGGCUGCCACCAAGAAUUUUGGCGGCAUGCUUGUUCUGCGCCUCUUUCUGGGUGCGUUCGAGGCAGGCUUCUUCGCCGGCGUGAUAUUCUACCUUACACUCUUCUACACGCGCGGCGAGUUGAGUCUCCGCAUUGCCAUCUUCUUUGGUAGCGCCUUGCUGGCCGGAGCCUUCUCGGGCCUCAUCUCGUUUGGCGUGCUCCAGAUAGACGAUCCGCGCGUGACUGGCUGGAUGUUCCUGUUCCUGAUUGAAGGGUCCAUGACUGUCAUCCUCGGCGUCGCGGCAUUCUGGUGGCUCCCAGCCACUCCGCAGACGGCGUGGUUCCUCAACGAGACCGAGCGCCAGGUGGCCACCGAGCGCACCCUCCGCGACGGGUCGGGGACGGUCGGUGAGGAGUUCAACGUGAAGGAGUGCUUCCGGGCGUGGGGCAACUGGCAGUUCAUACUGUGGUGCAUCAUCAGCCUCACGUAUCCGGUGGCCUUUGCGACGACGGCCAACUUCCUGCCCCUCGUGCUCCGCCGUCUAGGCUACAGCGUCGUCAUCACCAACCUGCUCACCGUGCCGCCCAACUUUGUCGGGUUCUUCGUCCUGCUGGCCGUGUGCUGGAGCUCGGACCGCCGGCGUGAGCGCACCUUCCACAUCAUCGGGUCCCUGACGAUCAGCUUCGUCGGCCUGCUCAUCCUCGCAACCAUCGACGCCACCGCGCACGUUGGCGCCGCCUACUUUGCGUGCUUCCUGCUCGCCGGGGGCGCCUACAUCCCCAGCUGCCUCGUCCACGGGUGGCACAACAACAAUAACAUGGGGGAGAACUCGCGCGCUGCCACGACGGGCCUGCUCGUCGGGCUGGGUAACCUGGGCGGCAUCCUGUCUGCUGCUACGUUCCGCACCGAGUACGCUCCGCGUUACGCGCCUACCCUUAUCGCCACGGCGGCGUGCAACGUGACUUGCAUCGUAUUCACGCUCUGGUUGGGCCUCUGGAUGAGGCACGAGAAUAAGAGGCGUAAUAAGGAGCAGGGAGUCGAUCUCAAGGCCGAGGAUAUCGACACUAGCGAACUUGUGAAUGGACCAAAGGAUCCUAGGUUCCGGUAUUUUAUUUGA